UUAAGAGGCAGAGCCUCACUGGAGGAAGUGAGUACUUCCUGGUUUCUAGCCUGGUCCAGCUUCUUACUUGCUUUCUCUGCUUCUUUACUGAGGAUGCACUAGGACCAGGAGCCUCCCUCCUUUUACCACACCUUCCUUGUUGUUGGAAUUUAUGCCUUCAAAGUAAAAUGGCUGCUCAUGGGAAGGCCUCUGAGGAGCGAAUUUCUGUGUUUGACCAUGACUUUCUCUCUGAGCUCUCUGCUCUUCUCGGUGUGGAUGCUGGUCAGAUCAUCAAGAGACAAGAAGAAGAAGACCACAAAGAACGAAUGAAGAUGAAGAAAGGUUUUAACUCACAGAUGCGCAGUGAAGCCAAACGAUUACAGACCUUUCUGACCUGUGACACAUUCAGAUCAUGGACGCCACAGGAGCUGGCAGCCGCUGGGUUUUACCUUACCGGGGUGAAACUUGGGGUUCAGUGCUUCUGCUGUAGCCUAAUCCUCUUCGGUACCAGCCUCAGGAAUCUUCCCAUAGAAAGCCACAAGAGAUUGCGUCCUGAAUGUGAGUUCCUGUUGGGCAAAGACGUUGGUAACAUUGGCAAGUAUGAGGUAAGGGUGAAGAGUCCAGAGAAGCUGAGAGGUGGCAAAGCAAGGUACCAAGAGGAGGAGGCCAGACUGGAGUCCUUUGAGAGCUGGCCGUUUUACGCCCAUGGGACACCGCCACGUGUGCUCUCAGCAGCUGGCUUUGUCUUCACAGGUAAAAAGGACACCGUGCAGUGUUUCUCCUGUGGUGGAUGCUUGGGAAACUGGGAAGAAGGAGAUGACCCUUGGAAGGAGCAUGCCAAGUGGUUCCCCAAGUGUGAAUUUCUUCGAAGUAAGAAAUCCUCAGAGGAAAUUGCCCAGUAUAUUAAAAGCUACGAGGGAUUUGUCCAUGUAACGGGAGAACAUUUUGUGAAUUCCUGGGUCAGAAGAGAAUUACCUAUGGUGUCAGCUUACUGCAAUGACAGCGUCUUCGCUAAUGAAGAACUAAGGCUGGACACUUUUAAGGACUGGCCCCAAGAAUCACCUGUGGCUGUUGAGGCUAUGGUCAGAGCGGGCCUGUUCUACACAGGCAUAAGGGAUGUUGUCCAGUGUUUUUCUUGUGGCGGAUUUAUGGAACAGUGGAAGGAAGGUGAUGACCCAUUAGAAGAUCACACCAGGUUCUAUCCCAACUGUGUCUUUCUCCAAUACCUGAAGUCCUCUGCAGAAGUGACUCCAGCCCUUCAGAGCCAAUGCGAAAUUCCGGAAGCCAUGGACACCACAGGGGGAAGCAGUCGUGAGGAUGCAGGGGCAUUUCUCUCCACCGUGGCUGAUGUUGCUCCAAGCGAAGCCCAGGGAUGUGAACGUCCACCCAGAGGUGCCUGCGUCCUCUCCACAGAGCUGGAUCAGCGUGAGGCCCAGUGGCUUCAAGAGGCCAAGAGUCUGAGUGAGCAGCUGAGAGCAGCCUACACCAAAGCCGCUUUCCGCCACAUAAAUUUUCCAGAGGUGUGUUCCAGCCUAGGCACUGACCACUUGCUUGGCUGUGAUCUGUCCAUCGUCUCAAAGCACAUCAGCAGGCCAGUGCAAGAGGCCUUGACGCUUCCUGAGAUCUUCACCAACCUCAACUCUGUCCUGUGUGUGGAGGGGGAAACUGGCAGUGGGAAGACCACCUUCCUGAAGAAAACAGCCUUUCUCUGGGCAUCGGGAUGCUGCCCCCUGCUGAACAGGUUCCAGCUGGUCUUCUACAUCUCCCUGCGUUCCAGCAGACCAGACCAGGGCCUGGCCAGCAUCAUCGGUGCCCAGCUCCUCGAGACAGGAGCGAGAGUUAGUGAGGUGUGUCUGAGUGACAGCAUCCGGCAGUUGAAGCACCAGGUGCUCUUCCUGGUGGACGACUACAGUGGGAUGGAGUCACUGCCCCAAGCCAUAGAAACCCUGAUUACAAAGAACUACUUGUCACAGACCUGCUUGUUGAUCGCUGUCCAUACCAACAGGGCCAGGACCAUCCGCCCAUACCUAGACACGAUUCUAGAGAUCAGAGAGUUUCCCUUCUACAACACUAUCUCUGUAUUGCGGAAGAUAUUUUUCCAUAAAAUUUCACGUCUCCUGGAGUUUAUGGUUUACUUUGGAAUGAAUAAAGAUUUACAGGGAAUUCACAAAACCCCCCUCUUUAUGGCAGCAGUCUGUACAGACUGGAUUCAAAAUCCUUCUGACCAGUCCUUUCAUGAUGUGGCCGUUUUCAAGUCCUAUAUGAAAUACCUUUCCUUAAAGCACGAGGCUGCAGCUGAGCGUCUCAAGGCCACUGUGUCCUCAUGUGGCCAGCUGGCCUUGACAGGGCUUUUCUCAUCUUGCUUUGAGUUCAGUAGUGAGGACCUCACAGAAGCAGGAGUUGAUGAAGAUGAAGAUCUGACCACCUGCUUCAUGAGCAAAUUCACCGCCCAGAGACUGAGCCCAGUCUAUCGCUUCUUGAGUCCUUUGUUCCAAGAAUUUCUUGCUGCCAUGAGGCUGACUGAACUCCUGGGUUCAGAAAGAGACGAAGACCAAGAUCUGGGGCUUGAUUAUUUGAGACAAGUUAACUCACCCUUGAAGGCUUUAAACUCCUAUAACAAUUUUUUGAAGUAUGCCUCCAGCCACCCUUCACCAAAGGCAGGGCCAAAAAUUGUGUCUCACUUGCUUCAGUUGGUGAGUGAUAAAGAGUCACUGGAGAACUUGUCUGAAAAUGAGGAUUAUGGGAUGCUCCAUUCAAAAACUUCCUGCAUGAUACAGUUAAUUAAGGAAAUGUGGCAGGUAUCUCCUGAAGCUUUCUCUUUGUUCAUUUCAGAACAUCUACUGAAUGUUGCUCUAAAGUUUGCUUAUGAAAGCAAUGUGGUUGCUGCAUGCUCUCCAUUUAUCUUGCAAUUCCUUCGAGGAAGAACACUGGCUUUGAAAGUACUGAAUUUACAGUACUUUGGGGACCACCCAGAAAGCCUGCAACUGUUGAGGAGUGUACAAGUCUCCAUAAAUGGAAAUAAAAUGCUACCCAGAGUAGGUUACUCAGUCAUGGAAAAAUGUUUUGAAAACUUACAGCCACCAACAAUAGAUGAGGACUAUGCAUCUACCUUUGAACAUAUGAAGGAAUGGGAGAAAAACUUAGCUAAAAAUGAAGACAACUUGAGGAAUUUUAUGAAUAACCAGCCCCAGUGUCUACCCAACAUCAGUGCUGGGUACUGGAAACUGUCACCCAGGCAGUACAAGAUCCCUAGGCUGGAAGUUGGAGUGGUCAACAUGGGUCCAGCAGACCAAGCACUGCUCCAGGUCCUAAUGGAAAUCUUCUCGGCAUCGCAGGAUAUCGAACUCCGUUUGACACACAGCAGUGACUUUCUUGAAAGCAUCCGUCCUGCUCUGGAGCUGCAUAAAACCUCUGUCACCAAGUGCUCCCUGUGCAGACUGAGGCUCAGUGCAGCCGAACAGCAGCUGCUUCUCACCCUGCCUGCCUUGCGGUCUCUUGAGGUCUCAGGGACAAAGCAGUUGCCAGAUCAACUCUUCGCUAACUUGGACAAGUUCCCAAACCUGCGAGAACUGUCUGUGAGACUAGAUGGCAUACCCGAUGUGCUGUCUGUCUUCCCUGGAGACCUCCCAAACCUCCACCACAUGGAGAAGCUAUCCAUCCAAACUUCCACAGAGUCUGACCUCUCCAAACUGGUUAAAUUGAUUCAGAACUCUCCCGAUCUUCACGUUUUCCACCUGAAAUGUGAUUUCUUUUCGGAUUUUGAGUCUCUCAUGGCUGUGCUUGCUUCCUGCAAGAAACUCAGAGAGAUUGAGUUUUCUGGACAAUGCUUUGAAACCAGGCCAUUUGUGGCUAUUUUGCCAAAUUUUGUUUCGCUGAAGAUAUUGAAUCUCAGACGCCAAAAAUUUCCAGAUAAAGAAACAUCAGAAAAGUUUGCACAGGCUCUGGGUUCUCUCGGGAACCUGGAGGAACUGCUCCUUCCCACUGGGGACGGGAUUCAGCAGGUGGCCAAACUGAUUGUCCAGCAGUGUCUGCAGCUCCCGUGUCUCCGAGUUCUUGCCUUUACAGAAACGUUGGAUGACGACAGCGUGAUGGAAAUCGCCAAAGGAGCAACCAGUGGAGGUUUCCAGAAACUUGAGACUUUAGACCUUUCAACGAAUCACAAGAUCACAGAGGAAGGGUACAGAAAUUUCUUUCAAGCCCUGGACAACCUGCCAAACUUGCAAGUUCUCAACAUGUGCAGGAGUAUCCCAGAACGUAUCCAAGUUCAGGCCACCACUGUCAAGGCUCUGAGUCAGUGUGUGUCCCGACUGCCCAGCCUCACCAGGCUUGAGAUUCUCAGUUGGCUCCUGGAUGAAGAGGACAUGAAAGUGAUUAAUGCUGUGAAGGCAAGGCACCCUCAGUCCAAACGCUUGAUGGUCUCCUGGAAAUGGAUAGUGCCCUUCUCUCCUGUCUUUCAGAAGUAACAGAUGCAGGUGAAGGCUACUGGCAGUUCUAAAUACCUACUUUCCUAAUACACGUUACUCUUGCUGAGUUUCUGAUACACAGCUGUAUUUUCAUCAUUUAGGAGACUAAGGUGGAAGAAUGAAGAGGUUCAGGCCAGUCUUGAUUACAUAGGCAUAACUAACCAUCAUAUUAAAGAAUAUUCAUUAACUGUGUAGGCUGAUGAUUUUUAAAAUCCUGAAUACUCAUCCCUGAACUUAAGAGCUAUGAUGAACAAUUCUUGUACGGUCCUCCUGUCUAAAGACUAGAGCUAGUCAAGUUCAUAUCAAGAACCUUCCAUUGCCAAGUUAACAGGAAGGGGCAGGGAAAGAAACAUUGCAUUGUGUAAAAGCCAUGAUAUGGAAAGUUUGAUGGAGGUAAGAAAUGGCCAGUUUAAGAGUCAGUUCCACCCAUGAUGAAGCAGGAAUUGACUUUACCACAGGAUGCAGAUGACUCUUUCUGGGAGAUGCUCUUUAGUCUUUCUCAGACGUUUGUGCAUUUUCCACACUUGGUGUGGCCAUGGUGGCUUACACCAUUUCUCAUCCAUUGCCAGUGUGAGGACCACAUUAGGCUUAGAGAAAACUGCUUUCGUUCCAGAGGCUUUUCAGAGCUUUUCAUGUAUUAUAAGGGCCUUAAGUUUUUCUUUCUUUUUUCUUUCUGUUGCUUUGAGAUAGAGUUUCACUAUGUAACUUUAAAUGACCUGGAACUGAAUGUGUAGACAAGGCCUACCUGGAAAUCACAGAGAUCUGCCUGCCUCUGCCUCCUGAGGUUUAGGAUUUUUAAAUCAAUGUCUAUAGAUACAUUAAGGAUUUGUGAAUAUAUUAACUUGACUAUAACAUUCAGUUAUCAUUCCAUAUGUUAAUAAAAAUUCUUACCUCUA